AUGGCCCUGCAUUACCAGAGCCCCUUGUAUCUGCACUUUGGUUCUUCUACAUUCAGCAGCGUUCCAAUACAGAUUGCAGAUAAUGUGGUAGCCGAGAACCGUGAGUUCUCGCUCAACCUAGAUUUCUUGGGCACGGUUAGGGCUGACCUGACCGAGCUCGAUGCUCCCUUCUCGGAACGGGAGGUGUGGGAUGUCAUCCGGUUGCUGCCCUCUGGGAAGUCCCCGGGCCCCGACGGCUUCACCGCGGAAUUCUUCCAGGCUUGUUGGGCUAUUGUCAAGACUAACGUCAUAGCGGCCUUUCACAAGCUCCACUCAUUGCGUGGUCGUGGCUUUGAAGGAUUUGGACCUCGGUUUCGCGAGUGGAUUGUUCUUCUAUCUACUGCUAGCACCCGCAUUUUGCUUAACGGUGAGCCGGGCCCGCCAAUUUGGCAUCGGAAGGGGCUGAGACAAGGGGACCCCCUCUCGCCCAUGUUGUUCGUGUUGGUGAUCGACACGCUCAACCAGCUCUUCUCUAGAGCAGCUGAGAUGGGCAUCCUCAAGCGCAUCGCUGCUCGGGCGCUAUCGACUAGUGUGUCCCUUUAUGCAGACGAUGUUAUCAUUUUCUGUCACCCGGACCGCUCCGAGCUCCUUACGGUUCGCUGCCUCCUCGCCUUUUUUGGACAUGCAUCAGGAUUGCGCACUAACUUCGCAAAAUGCUCGGUGGCCCCUAUUUGUUGUGCCGAGGAUGUGGCUGCAGACGCGGCGGACACGAUGGGUUGUGCGUUGGCUCCUUUCCCGGUAAAAUACCUCGGGAUUCCACUAGCACUUCGAAAGCCUUCUCCGGAAGCAUUUGGCCCCCUCAUUGACAAGAUCGUUGAUCGCCUCCCGACUUGGAAGGCCAACAUGAUGUCUAAGGAUAGAUGGUUGGAUGGUCGGGCCAUCUCGGAGUUGGCCCCGAACCUCACAUUGCUUGUGCCUAAGCUCAUCCGGAAAAAACGCACAGUUCGUGAGGCUCUUGAUGACAGACGUUGGAUCCGUGACAUCCAAGGAUCUUUGGAUCCACUUGCUCUGUGGCAGUACAUCCAGAUAUGGGGGAGGGUCCGCACGGUGCAGUUUUCAGAUGCGGCUGACACCCUUUGUUGGAGCACGAUACACAUCGACAAUCGAUCCGCCUCAGCCGUCGUCUGCCUCCUGCUCCUCGUCGUUUUCAAUGUUGCUGGAGUCGAUUCCCGGGGCACCCCUGCGUCGUCUGGAAACAAGUGGUCCAGCUUGUUCGUGUUCGGCGACGACUUCGUCGACAACGGCAAUCUUCCGAAGCUGACGCGUGGUCACACUCAACCUGAUUCUAUUCUCGAAGAGACCUUCCGUCAGUGGAACUAUCCCUAUGGCUCUUAUCUCAAUUCUCGUGGAUCAUCCGCGACGCCUGUUCCAACCGGCCGAUUCUCCAACUACAGGAAUCAGGCAGAUUUCGUCGCAAGGAUCAUGGGUCUCAACCAGGCCCCUCCGGCGUACAAGCUCUCGGAUCAAUUUUGUGACCCGUCUGGCAUGAACCUGGCUUUUGGCGGUGCUGGCGUGUCUCAAAGCUCCAAGAAUGCGCUCACCCUUGCUGCACAAAUCAACGCAUUCAAGAAGCUAGUCAACGACGGGAUAAUCUCAAAAGAGCAGUUUCACCGCUCCGUCGCGCUUGUUGCCAUCUCUGGCAACGAUUACAUGAGUGGUGCUGGUUUCAAGGAUACCUUUUUGAGUAGCUUCGAUGAUAUCGAUACUUACAUUGGGAAUGUGACUUCUGAGAUCGUCAAGAACGUUGAGCAGCUACAAAAGUUAGGUCUCAGAAAGGUGCUAGUAAACAACUUGCAUCCCAUUGGCUGUGCGCCUCUACAUACCAAGUCAAACAACAACACUGCAUGCGACCUUCUUGAGAACUAUGGCGCAUCUCUACACAACAACAACCUGCAACAGCUGAUGGGCAAAAAGAAUAAUGCCCACAUUCUAGACCUCUACACCGCCUUCACCAACAUCGUCAAUCAUGCCUCUGGUGAAGGGUCGGAUCAGUCUAAGGAGUUUAAGCGUAAGCUGACCCCAUGCUGCAAUAGAAUUCAUCCGACUGGAUACUGUGGACAGCGCAACGCUUCAGGACAGGCCCUGUACACCUUGUGCGAAAAUCCCGACAAGUUCUUCUACUGGGACGAGGUGCACCCGACACAUGCUGGGUGGGAGGCUGUGAUGAAGGCGCUAGAACAACCUUUGAAGGGGUUCCUAGAUCGGGAGUAUAUUCAUUGAUAUCACAUCUUUUAGUUUGGGCCGCAGCUUGAUUAAUUUCUAGUUGCCGGUCCGUACAGUAUCUUUUAGGUUAGCUUUAUGGUAUGAGUAUUUAUAGGAAGAAGCUUGUGAGUUUUCUUUUCCUGGUGUUUUGAUGAACUUUUACUUUAGCAGUACUCUUGACGGAACAUGCAUUGACUUUGCUCAAUGUCUUGUCCACACUGUUUGAUAUUAGAAAGCUCGUAUUAAUAUGAAUGUAUUUGAGAUCAUGAGAGCUUUUUCUUUUCUUUUUUUGAGACGAGAUCAUGAGAGUUUGCAGCAGACUUCUUUUUUUAGAAAAGAGAGUUGCAGCAGUUUUUUUUU